AUGACUUCGACAGAUCCACGGGCACCGGGCUUAGUUCCUCUGCCACUUUCGCCAGGGCGCAAGGCAGGCCCACCUGGCCUUUCACCCCCAUCGAAGCGCGCAGGUAAACAGCCCACCCUUCGCGAGCCCAUAGAUUCCAUAGUCUCAGAGACUUCCUUCGUCACGAACCCAUACGCAGCUGGUGGACCAGUCGGCACACCGUCGCCUGGACCGCCAAUCAACGCGCCACCUGGCCUGAACCCCGUUCCCAUCCCUCAGCCUUCGUCGUUCAUCUUGCCGCCCCUCAACUUCGUGCCUUUGGCGAGCGGCUACUUUGCGACAGCUACUUCGUACGCAACUCAAUUCCUUCACGGGUCACAUCCAUUGAGAUUGUCAGUAGCGCUUGAACACAGCGCAUUUCUGUGGGACUGCUGCCACGACCAUGAUGGCUCCCGACGAGUCGCCAGGCGCGCAAUCAAGGAUGUCUACCGCGCCCAAGAAGCCAUGGACGACACUGAGUUUGAGGAUGCAGCAGAGCUAGUCGGCAUCUUGGGCCGCAUGAUGAAACGCAAGAGCUGGGAAGGGACACCGCGGAUUGGCGGUAUGGGUAGUCCGGAGCCCGUUGCACAAGGUGACGUUCAGGCGAGCGGUGGAACUACAUACGGCAGCAUUGCUCCUGUAGCGGCUGCUCAGCGGAGCCCACAGACCAGCAGACGGGCAGCCGAGGGUCAUCCGCUUACAGAUCCUGCAGCUCAAGGUCAGUCGAGAGCUGCUGCACACAGUCGAUCAACAUCCACGAGCAAACCAUCGCCGAGACAGGGUAGCAGCCACGAGAACACGCCGAGGGUAAAUGCACAACGCCGUUCUGGAGGCAGUCAAGAUACCACACCUCGUGCCAAGCACGUCAGUAUAGAGAGUGGUGCUAGCACAACACCACGAGCUCCACAAGGCGCUGGUGGUCGAUCACCCGCCACGCCAUCUACGGUCCGUGCCACACACCACUCACCCGGCAGCGGGGGCUCUCAGAAGGGUACCCAUGUUAUUGGAAACUCCAUGCCCGUUACUCAAAGUGCAGCUGCAACGCUCGCCUCAGACACACAUAUUGGACUCCACGAUCCACAAAAGGCUCUCGGCCCAACCCUUCACCAGUGGCUCACCCUGCAUUAA